UUGGGGUUCGGCUUUUCGGCGGGAAACGGGAACGGGACAGUUGCUUUCUUCAUUGAGUAAUCUAAAUAAUUAAUACGAAGUGGUGUUUUGUGGUUAAUGAUCGCAUUAAGUUAGUCAGGAGACAUUCGCGAGUGUUAUUAUAUUGGAGUAUUCAAUGAACAAAGUGUAUCUGCCUAUUUUCGCUUCGUGCUGGGAAGCCGCUUCAUAGCUCAAAAGUUUAUGCGGACUUUUGAGUUAAUUCGUUUGGGGUUCGGAGUAGGAGUCUACUCCGAGGGUGGGGGCUUAGGUUUCAUCAUCAUCAUUCAUCACCUUUCAUCAUUUCAUUAAUCAUCAAGAAAAAAAAAAUACGUAAGACAUGGCUGUAUGGGCAUAGUUCCCUUUGCCUUACCCUUCGGGGAAAACCAAAACAAAAAAAAAAAAAAAAAUCGUUUGGGGUUCGGAGUAGGAGUCUACUCCGAGGGUGGGGGCUUAGGUUUCAUCAUCAUCAUCUUUCAUCAUUUCAUCAAUCAUCAAGAAAAAAAAUACGUAAGACAUGGCUGUAUGGGCAUAGUUCCCUUUGCCUUACCCUUCGAGGAAGGAAGGUGAUGUGAUGUCACUGAAAAUAAUGUUUCAGCUGUAUUGAAUUUUCAGAAUAAAUAGUACUGAAUGUGAUGAUAAACAAGUUUAUCAGCAAACCCACGCAAAGACUGCAUAUCUAAACCGUCGUUACUGUUCUGAUUCAGAUAAUUAUUCACUAUAUUUUGUGCCAUCUGCGAAAUACUUCGCAACAAUAUUAUUUUGCACAUUUUAAAGAAUGAAUUUUACCUAUUCAGUAAUGAAUUUAUUUAUUUUAGUAUUUUUAAUCAAUAUUAAAAUAACAUUGUCGCAGUUCAAUAAAGCUUGGAGUGACAAAUAUGAGAAUAAUAAGUGUCCUAAGUUGUAUCCAAAAAAUUUUGUUAAUUAUGCGCCAGUUGGUAACUUAACAGCAGGCAACUAUUCAGAGAAGAGUAAUUUGAAAGGUUUACGACAUUGUGUGAUGGGAUGUUGCCUUGAGGAGGUGUGCAAUGUGGCAUUUAUAGUGGAAGAUAGAUGUUACCAUGUGGAGUGUGUCAGUGAUGAAUUGUGCCUGCCUCUCCCGAGGACCAACAGCCAGAAGUGGGACUCCCAUGUUUCUAUGAUCCUUGUGAAACCUGUGCUUCCAAAUGAAAACUGGUCAGACAUACUGGACCAAUCUAACUACAGAGAAGUAAACAACAACUUCUCCCCAGAAGAAGAGUCACUCUACUCCCCAUAUGCGAACCAUCGCAAUGACAUAGUAGCUGAUGAUGAGGACUCCAAGUUUCUCUCACAUUUCAUCAACAACUUGCCUAAUAUUGAAGUUGAUGAAACUAGAAACUUUGACAGAGACAGUGCCGACAACGACCUGAUCAUGGAUGCGUCAAGUUUCCUUGAGAAGGUGCCUUGUGAAGUUGGUGCAGCUGAUGACUGCCCGUUCAAUUCGGAGUGUGUGCCUCUAGGGUUGAAGCUACGUAACGGCAUAUGCAAGUGUUUGCCAGGCACUGAGGAAAAUGCCCAAGGAGCUUGUAUACAAACCAUGAGACCGUUUUCCAAAGGGCCCACUAUACCCAUGGAUGCCAUGAAGAAGGAUGACUUAAUGGACGCCAAAGCUGAUGAUAUUAAACCUGAAAUAGCAUCACCUAAGAGUGUUCAAAAUUUAACAGUUUCCAUUAUAUCCAAGCAGGUCCAAUUACCAGAUAAUGAGGUAACCUUGGCUGCUUAUACCAUUCCUGAUGAAAAGGCCACCAACAGUCAUUACAAUUAUAUUUGGACACUUGUUGAUCAACCCAAGGGUGGUUUUACAGGUAAUAUGAACCAAAACGGAGCAACGGUAUCACUCACAGAUCUUACAGAAGGGCAAUACAGAUUCAAGGUGACGGUCAAUAGCACCAACUAUUAUGGAGUGGGGUAUGCCAAUGUGACUGUGUUGCCACGGCAACGCAUCAACACGCCACCACAGGUUGUAAUCACACCACAGAGCCAAACCGUUAAGCUGCCUAACUCUGGAGCUGUGCUCGAUGGGAGCGCUAGCAAGGAUGAUGAUGCAAUAAUCUCCUGGCACUGGGAGCUCACGUCCGGGCCUAUAGGUUACCAGCCACCCCUACUAGACGGGCCGACACUAGUCCUAAACGACCUCAAACAACCCGGCAACUAUACAUUCAAACUGACUGUGGAAGACUCUGACCACGUGAAGAAUUCAACUACUGCUAACAUUACUGUGUUGAACCAUACAGACUAUCCGCCCGAAGCUAACGCUGGCCAAGAUGUAAUAAUAUACCUGCCGGACAAUACCCUCACUUUGAAUGGAAGUCUGUCCACCGACGACCACGAGAUCACCUCCUGGGAGUGGACGAAGUCCGCGGAGGAUGAGAACAAGGCUGUCGAUAUGCAGAACACACACUCACCGUUCCUGCAACUGUCGAACCUGUCGGAAGGUGUGUACACGUUCGUGCUAAAAGUCACAGACUCGUCGGGGCAGUCGUCGACGGCUGACGUCCACGUCUUCGUCAAGCCACCGACGAACACGCCACCGAUCGCUGACGCCGGACAGGACGUAUUCAUAUCUCUGCCUCAAACUUGGGUGAGUCUAAACGGAUCUGCGUCUCACGACGACCACCGCAUCGUGGCUUACACCUGGCGCUGUGUCGAGGGCCCCACCAAUGCCACCAUCCUCGGGUACAACGAGUCAGUCGCCAAUGCUACCAGCCUCACCAAAGGACAGUACAUAUUCUCGUUAACUGUGCUGGAUGAUAACGGGAAUUCUGCUUCUGAUAACGUUACCGUCACUGUCACUCAAAAUAAGAACAGCCCGCCGAAAGCAGACGCUGGUGGCGACCAAGUGUUAACGCUGCCCAUAUCAGUGCUCGUACUGAACGGAUCCAAGUCCUCUGACGACUUCCGCAUCGUGUCGUGGAAGUGGACUCGCGCCGGGUCGGGGCUCGCCGCCGGUACUGUUAUACUGCAUUCUGACACGCAACCCGUGUUGAUGCUAACAAACAUAGAACAAGGGCGCUACGUCUUCGAGUUAACAGUGACAGACGACCAAGGCGAGUCAGACCGCGACACUGUCAGCGUCCAAGUAAAGCCAGACCCACUAGAGAUGAACCUGCUAGAGUUGACCCUCAACAUCCCCAUAUGGACGUUCACGCAGAGCCAGCUCGACUCACUAGUGCAGAAAAUGACCCUGUUGUUGAAGGAGAAUGUUAAGGUCAACGUGACCGAGGUUAGAGGAGAAAUCGACAGUGGCAACACUCAGAUUAUUUUUUUCUUGUCUGAAGAGGGUAAACCGAUGGAAGGUACCCGCGGGCUGGCGCUGGGCCGCGCGGCGGGCACGGCGGCGGGCGCGGUGCGCGUGCGCUCGGUGCGCUGCCUGAGCACGUGCUCGGGCCGCGGCGUGUGCGACCGCGCCACGCGCGCCUGCCGCUGCGACGCCUUCUGGAUGCAGAGCCUCACCUCGCAGCUCGACCCUGAAGCUAUGCCCGACUGUGACUGGUCGGUGGUGUACGCGUCCCUGGGCGGCGUGGCGGCGCUGUGCUCGCUGGUGGCGCUGUGCUGCGCCGCGCUGCGGGCCAUGCGCCGGGCCGCCGGCGGCUGCGGCCCGCGCCCGCCGCGCCCGCGGACCAAGUACCGCCUGCUGCCCGCCGCCGACCACGAGGACCGGCCCUUCGCAACCAAGGAGAUAUCAGAGACGGAAACCGACUCGGACGUGUUAUUCGAGUCUAAAAGCAAGACGACAUCGUUUUCGACACGCGCUAUGAACGGAGAAGCGCCACAAGGCAACGGAUGGAAGAAGAACGGCCUCUACAAGGGUUCAAGGAAAGUGAAGACGUAGUACUACACGUACGGUUUAGUGCAGCGUGUAUUUUGCAAGUAGGACUCGAGGGCCGAGGGAUGCCUGGUUCCUAAGGAAUUUCUACAAAUGGCUCAAGAUAGCAAAUGUAGGUAUGAAUAUAAAAUGUUACAUCAGAGGCGUGUUGAAGGAGUGAAAGGUUAUUGUCUUGUCUAUAUUUUAGGAUAACGUUAUUCUCUGAUCAACAUCUAUGACUUGCCCGAAAUGAUAUUAUACUCUUACUGCCUUACCCAUAAAAAAGAACAAGCGGUGAACGUGUAAGUAUUUGACAGCCAAGCAAAGUUCAUUCGAAUUAUUCUUUGGGUUCCGUGGAGAUUGGUGGUUUGGUGGAGGCUAGGGCUGCUUGGGUUGUGGCUUGCGGUGGGGACGUUCCGGUUCAUCCGAGCUACCAGAGGCUUUGGGAUGAGCCACUUUGUAAAUUGGCGCAUUCCCGACUCCUGGAGGGCUGUGAUAAUACGGUCGAUCGUGCGCGUCUUCUUGCUGUCUCUGAGAGGGAGUCCGGUUUCUGGCUUCAAGCAUACCCAUCGGCUAAUUUAGGAACGUUGUUGAGCAACAGUACCCUCUCUAUGGCGGUUGGCCUUCGUUUGGGGGCUAGGACUAAUGAACCGCAUAGAUGUUGUUGUGGUGAGGCCGUCAAUGAGUUGGGUCAUCAUGGCUUGUCCUGUCAUAGGAGUGCCGGUCGCAUAUCCCGUCAUGCCUCGCUCAACGAUAUUAUUCGCAGAGCACUCGUUGCGGCCAAUGUACCGGCGGUGCGGGAGCCGAAUGGCAUAUUCCGUUCGGAUGGUGAGCGUCCAGAUGGAAUGACGCUGAUCCCUUGGAAGUUAGGCAGAUCUUUGGUAUGGGAUGCCACUUGUGUGGAUACCCUGGCGUCGUCGCAUCUGGACGGUACUUCGUCUCGCCCCGCGGCAGCGGCUGUUGCGGCUGAGUCCUUGAAGAGGAGGAAGUACUCGGGUCUGGCAGGAUCAUUCCUUUUUGUCCCAUUUGCAGUUGAAACGAUGGGUCCUUGGGGUCCAGAAGCAAAAAUAUUUGUUAAGGAUCUUUCAAUGCGUCUUAUUGGGGCUUCGGGAGAUGCUAGGGCUGGUAGUUAUUUCUGUCAGAGAAUUAGCCUGGCGAUUCAGAGGGGUAAUGCUGCCAGCCUGUUGGGCACCUUGCCUCGGUGUGACGCAUUGGAGGAGGUGUUUUAUUUAUAAGAUGUGUUUGUUUUGUUUUUAAUUGUUUGAAUAAAUAAAUAUAAGUAAUUAUUUGAUAAUUCGAUUCAAUUUUGCUCGACUGUCAAAUUCUUAAACACAUGUUUACCGCUGGAUAUUUUUAUGUUGGUAAGGCUGUUUGUUUAUAAUUCCCGCCUAUGCAAGGAGAAAACGAAUGAAUGUGUUACCAACAUAAUGUGGAUAUUCUAGACUUGUUGUAGUCUUAACGCCAAAUAAGUACAUAUUGAAUCAGACUUUGAAAUUGCCUAAAUACGAAAUAGUAGAUAAAAUGCAAUACAUAAUUCUAUACGGAUCUCUUUCCCAGUAUCCAUAGACAAAUACCAUAGUUUCUCUUUAAUAGAGUUUAUGCCAUAGUUCUUUUUAGAAAAAUAACACAUUCCUGUAUAAUUAUUAAGAAGAUAGAGGCAUUAUAAUAAAAUUGUUUUGAAUAUGGUCAUUUAGGACACUAAAACACUGCUGCUGUCCUAUACGACCCUAUAUCACGGCAGUCCAAAAUCAUUUAUAUACUUUUUCAUAUGAGUGACAGUUAAAAUUAAUUUACAAAAACAUGGUACAAUUUAUACUGGCCUAUGAGCUUUUUGAAAUGAUGUAAGGCCAUCAAGUUGAGUUGAACAUCUGUGUUUGAUUCAUACUAUAAUACGCGCAAACUUCAUUAAUAUUAAAAUAGACAUUUGUAUUUUUAAGCUUUUGACCAUGGUAUAAGAAAUCCAGGUAUGCUCAAAAGUGACAGCUAACAUUUCAAGGUUAACCCAGCUGACGUCAUCCCACCCUGCGUUGCCAUUUUGUAAAAAAUAAAUUACUCACGGCCAAUGUUUUUAUAUUUACUUUGCAAGGAAAUUUUGAACUUUUAGUAAAAGAUUUACUUACAGUGUUAAUGUUUUUUUCUAAUUUUUUUCAGACAGUUUUAAUUAAAUACAUUAGUCAGUAAUUCACUUAAUUUUCAAUAAUAAAAUUUACGUCCUUGAAAAGUUGGGGAUACCAAUUUAAUGGUAACACAGUGGUAAAACUUACGUUAUCAAAGGGUGGCGGCUUGUCAUAGGAUUGAGCAUACCUGGUCUUUUUAUACUUUGCUUUUGACUAUGUAUUUCAUAGGCUUUGUACUUAAUUUGUUAGUCCCUUUGUAUACAACGUGCACCUACAUUUAUAGUAAUGUGUUCCUACAAAAAUACCUGUGUAUAAUAGUCAGGCAAACAUACAGUCACGCCCGUCAUCCCUGUCGGGGUUGGCAGAGCCACAACAUCCACACGCCACACGAUAGGGUAAUUGACUGUUUAUUUUUUCAUCAAUCUGAUCAGUUGAAAAUGCUAAAUAUAAAUCUGAAGGCCGUUUAUCAACAUCAUAUCUAACGCGGUGACGCCGGAGAUAUUAAUAGUAAAAGUCAAUGGUGGGGGAAUGCUCUGUCCCGUUCUAUCAAAACGGUAUUUAGCUUGUAUAGUGCUAAUAACAGGUGACGUAACAUGUCCCUGUUGCCAUUUCUUUCUAACUGAUAUUUUUUUAAACAAUGAAAAAUUUUUUUUUUAUCAACUACCCUAUUCGGAGUCUAAUUCGGAGAUAACAUGAAGCACCAAUAAUACUACAGGUAACAUGUCAUGAACUUCGAUAUUAUAAUCUGGACCCCAAGCAACGAUACAACACGUUACGGUUACGAAAGAUAUUUUGUGUACAAAAAUAUGUAGUGAAAAAAAGUAGGUACCUGAAGUUUUAUUGCACAGUUUAAAAGCUAAAUGUAACAAUUUCUCUAAUCUUGACACAAAUUGCUCACGUAAUUGUUCCAACUAGUCCACUGUAGAAAAAGAAUAUUUUUAGAAACUGAUAAAAAAUAAGGCAACAUUCCAUAAAAAUAAGUUCAUAGAAUUUACAAUCGAUAUAUAAAUGUAAAAUAAAAUUAAGUCAUCUAAGGCAAAACAAUACACUUAUUAGAUGUAAUGAAAUUUUUGUACAAUAUAAUAAUAACCAAAAACGAUAAUUCGAAUGACUCUAGGUAAAUUAGUGUUUAAGGAGUAGAAUUUUGCUUAAUAAACAAGAUUAUCAGGAUAUACCCACGAUACCCAAUAAAUACUUACGUAAUUUUUAACUUACCUGACCACAACUGCCAUUAGUUUGUAAGGGAUUGGAAGAUUUUUCUAUAGCCCUGGCUUUGCUAAUAUCCGCCAUAUUGGGAAAUAUUCGUAUCUUCAAGAUUGCGGUCAAAAACGAGGGUAAAAUCUUGAAACCCCUUUCAAAUAAAAAAGUUUUAGAAGAACAAAUAUAUUCGGACGCACGUAAUAAAUAAAUAAAAUAAAAUCAUUUUAUUUCAGGCAUGUAACCCUUAUUUACAUUAGCAAUUAUAAAAUUAAAAUUCAAAAAUUUAAAUUCUAAAAACAUUAAAACAAAAUAGUAAAAUUAAAUUAAAUUAAAUCAAUUU